GAUGAUAUCAAACCACAAUCCAAGCUGGACACGACUCUCCGUCCUAACCACAUAAUCUCAUAACGCCGUCGGGCUCAUAUUGCGACAACAUGGCAAUCGCUCAAGAAGGUUUCCAGGGCUCAGGGCGCACCCCUCUGCGCGUCUACAACAAACAACCCACCUACAACACCUACGUUUCACCUUAUGGACCUAAAACAAAGCACAUCCCCAACCUCAUGGGUCUGAGUAUGGGCAAGGCUCUACGAUACGGCUACUACGCAUCUGGCUUCGGUGUCGCCGCGGGCGUAUUCGCCCUAUUCUUCUUCGCUGAGGUUCCUAAAAUCCGAAACGAUAUUCUGUCGAGAGUCCCGGUGAUUGGCGAUUACUGGGUGCGAGAGAUCCCAGCGGAGGACAAUCCUUUUUAAAGAAUUACAGCGGUCCGGAGAAUAUGGAGAGUGGUGGAAGGGGUGCCGUUGAACGCAGAAAAUCACAGACGAGAUGUAUAUAUUACUAUGGCACGGCGAGAGAAAGCAGUGGGUGCGAUGCCUGCUUCAAGUGACGCAAGCAUAGGGCAAUGGAGUUAGACAAUACAUUUGAUUACCACAAUCAAC